AUGAUGCACAUGUCCUUCUGGUGGGGCUCGAACGUGGGCGACGUGUUCUUCUCCGGCCUGACGGUGAACGGUACGGGACCAAUGGUGGCCCUCUGUCUCACGCUGACCGCCCUGUCGGUGGCGUACGAGGGGCUGAAGAUCCACGGUGCUAAGGUGCGCGCCAGGACGGCACGCGAACGGGUACGGUCCGCCUCGUGUCCACCGAGCGAAAGUGCCACCCUGCUCUCGCUGGAGGGUAGCGUCAGCAAUGGGCCACUGAGCGGCAGCAACCUGUCGCGCCGCAUCCGGAAGCUGGCCGCCGAAGCCGUCACCUUCCUCUUUCACAGCAUGCUCGGCUAUGCGCUCAUGCUGACGGUGAUGGUGUACAAUGGGUACCUGUUCGUGGCGGUCGUCGGUGGCAUGGGGCUCGGUUACUUCCUGUUUGGCCACCUCUCGAUGAAGGCGAACAUGGAGAAUAUACAGGCGCACCAGACGAAAAUGAUCUGCACCACGCGCUGCCUACAGCAAGAAUCGGUAAACCCUUCCGCAUCGACCAAUCUCGAGCAUUACCCGCGUGACUCCUCGUCGUUGGACGCAGAGCAUGGCACAAACAGUCGGCAUGGCAUCGCGCAAGGUUCGUCUGGCUGUCACUAGAGCGGGAAAUGUAAAGCGUAAACAAAAAACGGCCUACCGAACACAAAUUACGAUACAAUUGCUGCGCCGAAUAUAAAGUCCCACACUAUCCACUUGCUGGCGGUUUCCACGGGCUGAUGCCGCACCGAAACUGUGAUCUUUUAGCGCUUUUCCGCCUCCCCGUCUGAAACAGGGUGCUGAAGGAACCGAUCAAAAGGUUCAACUAACACAUGAUCAUACUUUAAAUUAGCGGGGAAAAGAAGGUGCCAACCUGUAUUACCAUUUCAACCAAGAACAAACAAACUUAUUGACAAUAUUUAAGGAACAAAAAAUGGAGCCAGUCGCGUGCUAUUUUAGUACUGAAAAAAGAGGGUGUUUGCUUCCAAUCUUUUACAAAACAAAAAACAUGCUUCCGUCUUUGUGUAUUCUAAUAAUUUGUGAUAUUUUUGGUUGUCAAGCAUCCUCCCCAAAAAGGGGACUUUUCUUUCAACUGUUUGUUUGUACAGAAACCUGCAAAUGUUUAUAAUUGUAUAUUGAAGAGAGAGAGGGAGAGGGAAAAAGGUGUAAAACUUUCGCAAUAAAGCCACAAAAGACAAUGCAUCGUUACCACACUAAGUCA